AUGCGCGCCCUAGUAGCUCAGUUCUCUAAUUAUUUAUGCAGAAGAAAUGCUGGGAUCAACCCGCGAUCUCGUAAUUUUUCAUCAUAUAGUGGCAAAGAUGAGCUAUCGAUCGAGGAAGAAGCCGAGAGGAAAGUUGGAUGGCUAUUGAAGACGAUAUUUUUUGUCACUGCAGGGGUAGCAGGAUACCAUUUCUUUCCUUAUAUGGGAGAAAAUUUAAUGCAACAGUCUGUGUCGCUUUUGCGUGUCAAGGAUCCAUUGUUCAAAAGGAUGGGAGCUUCUAGAUUGGCUCGUUUUGCAAUAGAUGAUGAAAGAAGGAAAAAGAUAAUUGAGAUGGGUGGAGCUCGAGAACUCUUAAAUAUGUUAAGCACAGCUAAAGAUGACCGUACACGGAAAGCAGCAUUGCAAGCUCUUGACGCACUGUCACACUCAGAUGAAGCUCUAGCAUCCAUGCAUCAUGCUGGGGCCAUUUCAGUAAUCAGAUCUGCACCAAAUUCACUUGAGGAUGCAGAAGUUGAGGGAUACAAGUUGAGCUUGAUGAAAAGGUUCCAAGAUCUGAGAUAUGAUGUCCCAUCAUGA